AUGUCUGGUGGAGUCUUUUCCGAAACACUUCAAUCAAUUACCACCACGAAGCUCGCUGAGCUCUCCAAAAAGCGCCAUCAUUUCGAAACCCAAAAGGAAGCUCUGUCUAUCAAACUAAACCAUGAACUUGAUCAACGAAAGAAGCUUCAAUUGCUGCUCAAUGGUGUGAAGCAAAGUUUUGCAAUUCAGACAUCAGUCACGAAGAAACGCACUCUCGACAAUGGCACUAAAUUGUCUCCCGUUGAACUUCUUGUCAAGAACCUCGAAAAGUUUAUCGCGCAAGCUGAAUAUGAUCCCUCCAUCUCUGACAAAGCUCUUGAGCAAUGGGAAAAAUAUCUCCUGCGACACAUGAAUGUUCAAUCAUCAAAGUAUCAAUAUGCAGCUUUGUAUGGCGAACUUGUUACAGAAUGGCUUUCGACAGAGGAGAGGCAGAAAGCUGUUGAUGCCGCUGAUGAUACUUCACGAACCGAUGAAGAUUUCCAAAAGAUCAAGAAAGAAAGCCUUGCAAGGACCGAGGGUCGAGCAAACUGGGAGAAUCUGGUCUUUGAGCCUUUUGAAACCGAUCAGGAUGCGAUUACGACAUACUUGACUAGCCUGUUUGGAAUCGACAAGAAUGACAGACAAGCCACAAAAGCCUUGAAUGAUUUACGUCAACAAGUUGAGGCAUUCGGAAACGACUUAUCGGCCACAGGGCAAUUCAAUCCUGCCGUUCUGCGUUGGACUAUCAAUGGACUCAUAUCCUCUGAUCUCCUGUCGGAGGAAAAGCGUGCGGCCUUGAAAGAUUUCCUCGCCAGCCCAGUCAUCCUUACAGAAGUGGCAGAUGUUCUCAACAUGCGUCUUGCAUCGAUAGAUAUCUGGGAAUGGAAUAGUGAUCUUGCUGUCGAGCAACGACGACACCUCAACGGCACAUAUCAUAUGUUUAUCGACGAGGAUCUUCUCGAAGCACUCUUCCUUCAAUAUAUCGGUGUAAAAUGGUCAGUGUUCUUCAAGAAAGCUUUUACGGAAUUUUCGGAUUAUGAUGGGGCAUGGAAGUCAUUGAAUAAACCCAUUCCUCACACCGACAAGGAAAGAAGAGAUUACUAUUUAGGACUAGACUACCACCAGGAAAGUAUUCAGAAAAAGCGUGAAGAUCUGUACAAGUCGAUCUACUUCAUGUCUCAGCUUCCCGACACGGAAUACGAUGACCAAGCUGAUGAGGAUGGAGACGAAGAAGCGGAGUAUAGGCAUUACACGCCACCGCAGCAGCGAAAACCCGCGCAGAGUCUUGGGCAUAGAACCCGUCCACAACUGACGCAGCCAGCGAUGCGGAUGGGGGUCGUGCAGCAGCAGUCGAUCUUGCAGAGUCAUGGUCGACGGAUGGUAGCGCAACAACCCCCGAAGAAAAAGAAGAGGGUAGGCUCACAUAGCCUUGAGGACUUCAAUUUUGAUACCUUUCUUAACGAAGAUUCUGAGGAUUCCGAGGAAUUACCGAGAACCCCUAUGGAGAUCAAACAGUUCUUACUUCAUUUGCUCUCGGCUGAGAUCAUCGUAAAUACAAAGCUCCACGGCGAAUUUACUUGUGCUCGCUCCGAAUUCGAGUCCUUCAGCCCAUCAUUACCACACUCUACAAUAUUCUGUGUCUUGUCUUUCUUCGGCCUAUCAGAAAAGUGGUUAAGAUUCUUCCGAAAGUUCCUCGAAGCGCCGCUGAAGUUUACCGAUGAUGAUGUAUCAACAGAAGUCCGCAUUCGAAAACGUGGAGUCCCUGGUGCCCAUGCGCUAUCUGCUGUUUGCGGAGAAACUAUUCUUUUCUGUCUUGAUUAUACUGUUAAUCAAAGCACAGAUGGAGCUCAACUUUACAGAAUGCAUGAUGACUUUUGGAUCUGGUCACAUUCGCACGAAACUGUUGUCAAAGGAUGGAAAUCCAUUCUCGAUUUCUCUAAAAUCAUGGGCGUUACGUUAAACCAAGGUAAAACAGGUUCCGUAUGCAUCACCUCGAAUGGAUCUAGCCGCCUCAUGGACCCCUCGCUCCCUACUGGAGAUAUUCGCUGGGGAUUCCUCAAACUCGAUCCCAUCACCGGUCACUUCACCAUCGAUCAAUCGAUGGUUGAUCAACACGUCUCAGAACUUCAAUCCCAACUUCACGAUAAGAAUAGUGUCUUUUCAUGGAUUCAAGCAUGGAAUACCUAUGCUGGUCGCUUCUUCACCUCCAAUUUUGGAAAACCAUCGAAUGCUUUCGGUCGUGCACAUGUUGAUGCUAUGUUAUCCAGUUUCCGCCAUAUCCAAAAACUUAUUUUCACAAACACAAAUGUGGUUUCGUAUCUGAAAGAUACAUUGAGGGAGCGAUUUGGGAUUGACGAUGUACCUGAUGGUUACCUCUAUUUCCCAACCAGCCUUGGAGGUCUUGAAUUACACAAUCCUUUUAUCGGACUCCUGCAAUUACGGGAUGGGGUAUACGAGAAACCAGAAAAAUUGAUGGAUGAUUUCUUCGAGGCAGAAAAGGAUGUGUAUAGGAAGGCCAAAACCGCUUUCGAAGGUCGACCUCUUCAACAACGAAUAUCAACGGCUCCUAAAGUACACGAGCAUCUUGCAUCUGCACCAUCUUCUGAUCCGCAUAUCUUCAUGCCGUUUGAAGAAUUCACUCGAUAUAGAGAAGAAGCAAAUGGCAAUGAGGGAAAAACUCUCUGGGAUGUUUUGGAUGAUCUACUUACAAACCCGGACAAAGAAACGGCGGAUUGGGAUGAGUGGGAUUUGGUGGCGGCGAAGAGAAUAGAGGGUGGUCCUGCAGUGGCGUUUGAGGGAAUGGAUAUGGGUUAUUGGAAAUGGGUGAUUAAGCUUCAUGGGGAAAAAAUGAGAGAGAGGUUUGGUGGGUUGGCUGUGGUGGAUAAGGGGAUGUUGCCUACUGGGAUGGUUAAUUUGGUUAGAAGUGGGAAGGUCAAAUGGCAGGGUUAG